GAUCUUGUUCCGGGAUGCGGACGUGAGCACAUUUACACAUGUAACAGAACAUCACCGCACUGCCUCUUUUAAAACUGCCUCAGAGAAGCAGAGGACAGAGCAGAGGACAGUCCAGAGAGGACAGAGCGGAGGACAGAGCGGAAGAGGGAGAUUACGGGAGGAUUUGAGAGUGUUUUGGACUUGAGUCGCUGUGUUUUUAGCCCUGUUAACCGGAGCUAGCCGCAGGUUGACCGUUGUCCCGCUGCGGUUGCGUAAAGUCUGGUGUGUUUCCAAGGUCGUCUUGGGUGAACGAGCUGUCCGGGUCAAGACACACUGGACUUCAGUCUGAGAAAGCCCCAAACCUCCGCAUUUCACCGCUUUAGCCGCAGCAGAGGCUCCGUGGACCGGAUCAGGCUGCGACACUUCCUGGUGUCGUUCACUCGAGGUCAUCGUCAUGAAGAGUCUGCCGUACUUCUGCCGCGGGGAGGUGGUGCGGGGCUUCGGCCGAGGGAGCAAAGAGCUGGGCAUCCCCACAGCGAACUUCCCGGACUCGGUGGUGGAGCACCUGCCCUCAGACGUCAACACCGGGAUCUACUACGGCUGGGCCUGUGUGGGACACGGAGACGUCCACAAGAUGGUCAUGAGCAUCGGCUGGAACCCCUACUACAAGAACAGCAAGAAGUCUAUGGAGACUCAUGUGAUACACACGUUUAAGGAGGACUUCUAUGGGGAGGUGCUGAGUGUGGUGAUGGUGGGAUACAUCAGACCUGAGCGCAGCUUCGACUCUUUAGACGCUCUGAUCUCAGCCAUAAACAGCGACAUCGAGGAGGCCAAACUGAAGCUGGACCAACCCGAGUUCCUCAAACUCAAGACCGACAACUUCUUCAGCAGCUCCUCCCACAGUCCAUCUGCAGCCACUACAGCAGAGAACAGCAUCAUCAAUGGACACUGACCAUCACAUACCCCCUAGCCCCGCCCCUCAGCCCCUCCUCCCUCGUCCCGUCUACUGUAUCUUUACUUUCAGAUGUUUCCAUGCUUACGUACAUUCACCUGCUGCUCCUGUAACAGUUUUGUUCAUGUCUUUAGACCUUCUUCAUGAAAUGAUUCCCAAAUAUAAAAAUACAACUUAAAUCAGAUGUAUAUUUUAUGGUAUUUAGUGAUGAAUAUUUGAAAAUGUAACUUAUUUCAUAUAAAUUGCAAUAUUAAUUCAAUAGCAUGUCGUUAAAGAGGAGGUAUUACGCUUGCGUCCAUGUUUGAGUCAUUUAGUGAUCUCUCCUGGACCCUAUUCUAACCCUCCUUAUGGUCGGCCGUAAGAUUCUGUCUACUCCUCCAUAAAUAUACAAAAACAUGAUCAAAACGACACACUACAACUUCACAAAAAUUGAAUGAUGUGCAGUAGUUUCAUUAGUGGGAUGCAGCUGAUUGUGUCGUGAUAGUGCUCUGAGGGAGGAGGGGCUUAGCACAGAGAGCAAACAAUAAAAGGAAACAUGGUCUAAAUAUGUUAUGUGUUACAGUUAAUACCCCAUAAAAGUAAAUACUUCUACAGGGUAUUAAAGGGAGGUAUUUACCUCUGUGGGGUAUUAAAGGGGAGGUAUUUACCUCUGUGGGGUAUUAAAGGGGAGGUAUUUACCUCUGUGGGGUAUUAAAGAGGAGGUAAAUACCCCACAGAAGUAAAUGCCUCCCCUUUAAAGGUAUAUUUUUUUAUGAGACGCUAAAGACAACGACUGAAAUCUUUAAAACCACAGUAAGCAGAUUAUAAUAAAUAAAAGCCUGAUUUUAAAACAAGUAUUUUAGUUCUGCUGUUUAAUGCUAUAUUCUGGAAUCUUAAUGGUAAAAUAGAGGAACCCCUAGAAAAGUUACACAGUGCAGCUUUAAAAACCACAGAGCUGAUUGUGUGCAGCUGGCCCCGCCCUCUCAUGACACGUGCCUCUGGCCCCGCCCCCUCAUGACACCGUGCCGCUGGCCCCGCCCUCUCAUGACACCGUGCCUCUGGCCCCGCCCUCUCAUGACACCGUGCCGCUGGCCCCGCCCUCUCAUGACACGGCGCCACAGCAGACGUAGACGUUUUAUUCAUGAUCUUGAAAUUGUGAAAAAUGGUAAAGUAACAUUUCCUUUCUUUCUUUUUACACAUUUGUGUAAAAAGUUUGAAUUUACAAAUGUAAAAUGAGUCCAGUGUGUGGGCGGGGAUAGGGGAUAGGUGGAAACUGAUUUUUGGUAUUUUUUUAAAGCACUGAUGAAACAGGACUCUUCAAACAUGUAUCAAAAACAAACAUUAUUGAUGAAUGACACGGUUCAAAGCCUUAAAAACACAAGAAAUAACACUGAGAAAAAAGACAAAGUGAAUCCCCAAACGUCAAACACGAUGAUGUGUCUGAUUUUUACACUCCCUUUAAGCACAAGUGUGUUUAUCAUUCUGAACGUCAUCAGAGGGGUGGAGUACUACGUUACAUUUACUACAGUACUUUUACUUUUCAGAGUACUGUUCUAGCAGCUUACUUUUACUCCUACUCAAGUAACAUUUAUUGAAGUAAGAGUACUUUUACUCGUGUAACGUGGUGUUCCUCUUCUCUCUGAGUCUAAAGUGUUUGGAGUUUUAUGAAACAUGAAACGACCUGAGCCUUUGUGUUUAAGUCUGAUUCAAAUAAUCCACAGAUCUGAUAUGUUCAGUGUUUUGUGCUUCACUUUCACUUUAAAUCAUAAAUCAGACGUUUUUUACGUCCCGACAAUUACUCUUUGUUACUCUUACUCGAGUACUUUUCACAAAUACUCGAGUAAUUUCUUGGCCACUACUUUGUACUUGAGUAAUAUUAUUUUAAAGUAGCUUUACUCUUGAGUCCAGUGUUUGUCCUCUGUCCCGUCUCGUUUGUCCCACAUCCCGUGUCUCCCCUUGUCCUCGUUUGUCCCACGUACUGUGUCUCCCCUCAUCCUCGUCUGUCCCACGUCCCGUGUCUCCCCUCGUCCUCGUCUUUAUGCAGUGUCUCUCUUCUUUUGUCGUGUUAUUGGUUCAUUUUGUCUUUUCCCGUCGUCUGACUCUUAAAUCUCUUUAUUUUAAAUCUCUUCCUGAAGUUUGAACAGACGUGAGCAGCUCUUCAAACGUGUUUAUGAGUUUGAACUUUGUAAAUACUUGUAUAAAGAAUGGACCAACUCUGGAGCCAUUUAAAUGUGAAUAAUUAAAAUAUUUAGG